AUGAACUCGGUGAAAUCCUGCAGAAAAGGAGAGACAAUCAAACCAAGGAAGGGGCACUACUAUCCUUGGGAAAAGAAGCUCGUAAAGUGUGCGAAAUUUGUUUGCUACACUUUGACAGAUAUAGUCAAAAGGUGCAACUUCAGAAUGAGAGUGUUCAUACCGUGCAUAGUGAUUAGUUUAGCAUUUGCUUUGGCCAAAGGAGACGAUGGAUUGUGUAGUGCCGAAGGUCCGAGUCCAGAUGGAACUUGCACUGGGGCCGGCAAAGAAAUCACGGAAAAGAAGGUUCACGACCAAGUGUUAACUUACGCCUACGAAGAGAAGCCCAUGAAUGAAAGUGAGGCCGAGGUUUGGGCUAGGCGAUUUUACAGUAAACUUGCAUAUACUAACGACUACGAUUGGAGUAUUCGCCAUCUGCUGGAUGAUGCUGAUGACUACAUCGUCAAUGAACCGUCCCAGGCGAUGGCUAAGUUUGAGGCUAUUUUGGACAAAUACCCCCAAUCUGCCAGAGCAUUCUAUUCUCUAACCAGGACCAUGGAGUUCUUGAAUAAGACAGACAUGACCGAUGAGGAGAAAAAGGCCAUCGACGUGAAGGUGAUCCACAAUUACAAGGAUAUGUUGCAGAGAAAGGACGGGGAUAUUGCCAGAACCAUGUUGGGGUCUUGUAUCCAUCAAGGAUUGUUGUAUGCUAUCAACAAGAACCGAACUGAAGACAAAUUAGCACUUCUGGAGCUUGGCUUCAAACGGAAACAUAUUUUCGAGAACGAUCGGUUUCAUGAAUUGUACGUGGAAGAGCUGGUCAUCUCCGAGUACUUCGACAGGGCGGAAAAGGCUUUGGCAGUGGCCUUGGAAGAGUUCCCAAGAAAUCAGUUCUUCAAGUUCAUGAAAGGGAUUCUUCUGAAAUAUCAAGGGCAGAAAAAGGAGGCCAGCAUCUUACUGAGGGACGUGGAAUUUGCUCAAAACGAAGUUUAUGGCGUGGCCUCAGACCUAGUGAGCAUGGCUUUGGAACUGCAUAAACGAGGGAAAGCUCCUAUGGCGGAUGUGUUGUAUCAAGAGGCUUCCAAAGCUCAUAUCUUCCUAUCCAAGUACCAAAGACCCUACGACACCAUUCUAGACUUGGAUUCAAAGCCAAUUUGGUCCAUGGAUGAUGUUCAAGUGACUGCAUAUGAUGAAGAAUUCACGUUGCUGAAGGAGAGCUGGGAGACAAUCAGGGGCGAGGCCCUCGAGAUCCGAAAAAAUGGUUCACUUUGGAUCAGCACGUCUGGGCAAGAAUGGAUUGCACGUGGGACAACUUUGCAAUUUCCAAUUUUUACUUGGGGAAAGAAGCGCAGUUACCAUUGCACUCUAGUUCCCAAGACUUGCCAGAUUUUUAAGACUUUCACGGCAUCUUCAAAAUUUCCCAAGGGCCAUGUGAGGUUUGAGGUGAUUUCAAACAAGACUCACUUGUUUCCGCACAGUGGACCAACCAAUGCCAGAUUAAGGGGACAUCUUGGACUUCAAGUUCCCGAGGGAUUCAAGAUGAGGAUUGCUAAGGGCAAUUACCUUCCAGAAAAAGAAGGCACCAUAACUCUGUUCGAGGACAGUUAUGAAUACGAAAUUUGGAAUGAGAGCGACGACGAGAUGAUUGUCCUCAGUUUCGACAUGCCUCACCCUGAUAUUACCUACCAGCAGUCCAAGCAAGCCUUCAACUCCAAUAUUAGAUACACUUUCAAUUACUUGUAAAAUAUUUCCAUGUGACAACCUCCCUAGCUAAAUAAAAACGAAUUUAGACACAGCGA